AUGGCCACUAUCACCCUGCCCGAGCCCUUUGCCAGCAUACCCCGAGAGUCAUUUCUCUUCGGCCCCUCGCCCAUCGAGCACCUGCCACGCAUAUACCUCGCCUCCGAGGCGUUGGCCCUAGGCUGCGACACCCUCGUGUCCAUCGGCGGCGUGCAGUCAAACCACACGCGCCAGGUAUCAGCGGUAGCAGCCAAGCUGGGCCUCAAGGCCGCCACCGUCCAAGAGCACUGGGUCGACUGGCACGACGCCGGCUACGAAAAGGUAGGCAACAUCCAGCUCUCGCGGCUCAUGGGCGCCGACGUGCGCCUGGACCCGUCGACCUUUGGCAUCGAGCACAAGUUCACGCUGGCCCGGCUCGUGGCCGACGUCGAGGCCCGGGGCGGCCGGCCGUACGCCAUCCCGGCCGGCGCGUCGGACCACCCCCUCGGCGGGCUCGGCUUCGCGCGGUGGGCGUUCGAGGUGGAGGCCCAGGAGCGCGAGAUGGGCGUCUUCUUCGACACGGUCAUCGUGUGCGCCGUCACGGGCUCGACGCUCGCCGGCAUGAUUGCGGGCUUCAAGCUCGCCCAGAAGCAGGGCUCGCGCGCGCGCCGCGUCAUCGGCAUCGACGCCUCGGGCCGGCCCCGCGAGACCUUUUCCCAGGUCCUCCACAUCGCGAGGCUCACCGCCUCCCGGAUCGGCCUGGACGAGCACGACGUCACGGAGCGCGAUGUCGUCCUCAACACCGACUACAACGCCGGCGUCUACGGCGUCCCGGACGAGGCUACCGUCGACGCUAUCAAGUUUGGCGCCCGGACCGAGGCCUUCAUCACCGACCCCGUCUACGAGGGCAAGAGCCUCGCCGGCAUGAUGGGGCUGAUUCGAUCGGGCGAGAUUUCUGCCGGGAAUGUGCUGUAUGCCCAUCUGGGCGGGCAGUUGGCCCUGAAUGCGUACUCGGAACUUGGGCUGUGA